AUGCUCCUUUAUUUAUGGCAUUUUGAUCAUCCUCCACUAAGCACUAGCGCCCUCUCGUUUAUUUCUUCCUCUUUUUUAUCUCCUUCAUAUUUCCCUUUAAAGUCUGGCCACCAUCCCCUUGUACGCGUCUGGAGUCUGCUGGACGGAAGCCAACUGGCCGAAUUCCCGGGGCACCAUUUUCGAGUAGAUUGUGUUCGCUUUAGUCCAUUGGGUGACGGCACCCGUUUCCUCGUCAGCCUGGGCAGUCAGGAGGAUCAAACGCUCAAUGUGUGGGACCGAAUAUCUGGCCAUCGACUAGCUACCGCUAAGCUUACGCAUCGGGUGAGAAGGGUAUUUGAAAUUAAAUUAAGACAAAUGUAUAUUUUUGUACUUUAUUUAGUUCAUAAAAUACCACAUAUAUUUUGCUAG